AUGGAGAGCUUCGACGACGUGACACUAGUCGGCCCUGUGUCAGACCCCUCGAUUCUGGAUGACCACCUUCCACCAACGAGCAAUGAUGCAAAGCCCAGGAAAUCCACUGAGGUGGAAGCGGCGGAACCAGGCACUCCCACCUCCGAUCGGUCGAUAAACGCGGGCCGUACCCAGAUCCAAGCUGCUCCAACUGAUCUAGCCGGGGAACCUUCGAUAUCGUCUGACUUUCCCCCCGAAGAAGAAGAUGAAGAGCCUCGAGUCGCCACCUCCUUUGAACGCGAGUCGAGUCCAACUUUCGCGCAGAAACAUCGAUCUGGCAUGGAUGCAGAGGACGAGGGGAUCAAUCGUAUGCACAAGUUCACGCUCUACGAGACGGCCACUCGGUUUUACAUGGUCGGCAUCAAUCUUUCAGAGACACGAUUCCGGAUUCUUAAGAUUGAUCGCACCUCUGAGUCGGGCGAGUUGAGCAUAACUGAAGAUGACAUGGUCUACACGAAAAGGGAGAUGGUCCAGCUGCUAGAUGCGAUCGAUGAUGGGAAUAAAAGCUCUGGUGGUUUGAAACAGAAAUGUAGCGCCUGGGCAUUGCUUGGCUUUGUUCGCUUUACCGGAGCGUACUAUAUGCUCCUGGUCACCAAGAGGAGCCAAGUGGCUGUACUCGGUGGUCACAAUGUCUAUCAAAUUGAUGAAACAGAGCUGGUAUCAUUGACGCCCGCAGAGCCAUUGCGCCUGAAACCUGAAAAGCAGUCAGACGAGGAGAGAUACAGGGCGAUUUUGAGCAAUCUCGACUUGACCAGAUCGUUCUACUUCAGUUACUCUUACGACCUCACGCGCUCUCUCCAGCAUAACAUUUACCGCGAACGAAAGGCCCAUCAUGAAGGGGCUUCCGGGUCCGUCUCUCGGGACUACAACACGAUGUUCAUCUGGAAUCAUCACCUUCUUGCGCCGGCGGUCGAUGCUCUGAAAAAUCCUUACGAAUGGUGUCUCCCGAUCAUUCAUGGCUACGUGGACCAGUCCAAGGUGAGUGUCUAUGGAAGGGUGGUCUAUGUAUCGAUCAUCGCCCGUCGGUCCCGGUACUUUGCAGGAGCGCGCUUCCUCAAGCGUGGCGCAAAUGAUUUGGGGUUCGUUGCCAACGACGUCGAAACGGAGCAGAUCGUCUCCGAACAGACCACGACGUCUUUCCACUCCGCUGGUCCGGAGCUACAUGCAAACCCCAAUUAUACCUCAUACGUUCAGCACCGUGGAAGUAUUCCUCUAUACUGGACUCAGGAAAACACGGGUGUGUCGCCGAAACCGGCCAUCGAGUUGAACCUUGUCGAUCCAUUCUAUUCUGCCGCCGCGUUGCAUUUUGACAACCUCUUUGAGCGAUACGGAGCUCCGAUCUACAUUUUGAAUCUCGUCAAAUCCAGAGAACGCACACCUAGAGAGUCGAAGCUUCUGCAAGAGUUCACAAAUGCGGUGACCUACUUGAAUCAGUUUCUUCCCGAAGGUAAAAAACUUAUCUACAAGGCUUGGGACAUGAGCCGCGCAGCAAAGAGCCGUGAUCAAGAUGUCAUCCAGACAUUGGAAGAUAUUGCUGGCGAUAUCAUACCUAAAACUGGAUUUUUCAAGAACGGGCAGGAUGCUGAAUCAGGCCUACGACUUCAGAACGGUGUCGCGCGAACAAAUUGUAUUGACUGCCUUGACCGGACUAAUGCCGCGCAGUUUGUUAUCGGCAAAAGAGCACUCGGCUACCAGCUGCAUGCCCUCGGAGUCAUUGAUGAAACAACAGUCGAGUACGAUACCGACGCCGUCAAUCUCUUCACCAACAUGUGGCAUGACCACGGAGAUACGAUUGCCAUUCAAUACGGAGGAUCUCAUUUGGUGAAUACCAUGGCUACGUACCGUAAGAUCAAUCAGUGGAGCAGUCACUCGCGUGAUAUGGUCGAGAGCUUCAAGCGAUACUACAACAAUUCUUUCCUUGAUGCCCAGCGACAAGAAGCAUACAACCUGUUCCUGGGCAACUACAUCUUUGAUCAAGGCGCUCCAAUGCUUUGGGAUCUCGCCACUGACUACUAUCUUCACCAUGCGGACCCCAAAUCCUAUCUUCAGAAGAAGCGUCCCAACUACAUCUCUUGGUACACGCCUGAAUAUCUGAAUGAAAGAGAAUUUCCACCACUACCAAUCCGACCAAAGGAGCCGCUUUCUCACUUUGACGAUUACUGGCUUGAGUAUUACCGGCCAUUGGCUGUCUCAACCAUGUCAAAGAUUUUCUCCUACAAAAUGAACUCGACACUCCGCUACCUCCCUCCCUACCGCCCUGGGCAUCCUGCGCCUGAUCUCAGUCCCUUCGUACCUCGCAUCCCUCAGGAGCAACUGCAGAGAGACCGGCCACCGCAACGAACCGUCCGGAUCCAGGAGCCUGUCAACACUCAUUCUCAAUAUUCAACCACCAUGCCACCGAUUCCGGACGCGCCUGAUACUUGGAAACAUCAACCGCCAUCCUCAUCCAAGCAGGCCCCAUCGGCAGGCAUCAUCAGAGAGCCCACAUUUGAAAUAAAUCAAGAUUCUCACAUUCCUCCAAUCAACCCUCCGAACUCCACAACAACACCCAGCAAAGCACAGAUUGCGCAGUGGACACUGGGGCAACUAGUUACGGAUUCCUUGAACCCAUCAGUGACCUCUGCGGAAGCAGAGGAAUAUGAGCGAUACAUCAAUCAUCCCCUCAAAGUUCCCCUUGUUGUCACUUCCGAGGACGAGAUGACUGCCGCAUCUCUCCGGGAGCACGGUGCUAAUCUCGACCUAUUGGAGUAUGUGAACAAGUGCAAUGUCGAAGAAGCGGCCCUUGAAGCCACUGCUGAGGAGAACCUAGCCGACUACGCUGAAUUCUUGAAUGUUUCGGAGGAAGGGUUGACUGUUGUCAGUGAAGACUAUCAGAAGAAGCGGUACAAGCGCUAUCGGCAGUGGUUGCGUGGGAAGAGUCUGUUCAAGCAAAGGGUUGAUGUAUAA